UGAUGAAGAUUAUGGACAUGAUGAGUUAUUUGAGGAUGUUGAUGAUGAUAAUGGUGAAGAUGAUGAAGUGGAUGAUGAAGAUUUCGGAUACGAUGAGGUUUGUGACGAUUAUGAUGAUGAUGUAAAUGAUGAUGAUUAUUUUGCAGAUGAUGAAGAGAGUGAUGAAGAUUAUGGACAUGAUGUGUUAUGUGAGGAUGUUGAUGAUGAUAAUGGUGAAGAUGAUGAUAAAUGUUUUGGACGUGAUGUGUUUUGUGACGAUGACGUUGCGGAUGAUGAAGAUUGUGGAUGUGAUAAAUGUUGUGUGAAGACAAUUAUGAUGAUGAUGAUGUUGAAAAUGAAGCGGAUGAUGAUGAAGCGGAUAAAGUAGAUUAUGGAUGUCAUGAGCAUUGUAACGAUGACGAUAAUGAAGAUGAUGAGGUGGAUGAUGAAGAUCAUGUCUAUGAUGAUGAUGUUGAUGAUGUAUAUGAGACUGAUGAUUAUUAUCAUGAUAAUGUGGAUGAUGUUGAUGUUGUGAAUGAUGAUGUUAAUAAUAAUAAUAAUAAUUGUAUUAUUUAUGAUAAUAAUUUGUUUAAUCUAACUAAUCAUUUCAAUGUGAUUUGAUAAUAAUUCUUAUUUAUAUUUUCUAUCAAUUCUCCUUUGAUUGGUAUAGGAUGAAGGUAUUCAAAGAAGGAGAAUACUAGAAUGGAACAAUGAAGAAGAAUGUGAUUUUGAUUGUGUACAAAUUUGAUUUUACAUUGU